AAAAAACAAAAAUAAAAUAAAAUUUAUUCAUGGAAAAGCCCACACUCACACUCUCUCUCACACACAUGCAAUUUCUUGCAAGAUGAAUUAUGCGGUCUAUAUAUAUGGUUCUAGACAAUCAUAGAUCAAAUAUCACAAUUCAUCGUGCAAAGAUACAAUUCAAAGGGACUUUAACAUGGGGGUUCUUAGCAUGAAAGGGGGAGAUGGAGAACACAGUUAUGCCAAUAACUCCGAGGGGCAGAAACGUCUUGCUUCUGAUGCAAAACCGGUGGUGGUAGAAACCGUGAAAGAAAUGAUAGUGAAAAUGAAUUUUCCUGGUUGUGUAAAAGUGGCUGACUUAGGAUGUUCUUCCGGGGAAAACACGUUAUUGGUCAUGUCCGAAAUCGUCGACACGAUCAUAACAUCAUACCAACAAAAAGGCAAAAACUUACCAGAGAUCAAUUGUUGUCUGAACGAUCUCCCAGACAACGAUUUCAACACUACUUUCAAGUUGGUCCCUGCCUUCCACAAGUUGCUGAAGAUGGAUGUUAAAGGAAAAUGCUUCAUCUCAGGAGUCCCAGGCUCAUUCUACUCAAGACUAUUCCCAAGCAAAUCUCUCCAUUUUGUUCAUUCAUCUCUUUGUCUCCAUUGGCUUUCCAAAGUUCCUAAGGGUCUUGAAGAUAACAAGAAGAACGUGUACCUUAGAAGUCCAUGCCUUCCAAAUGUGUACAAGAGUUAUUUGAGUCAGUUCAAGCAUGACUUUUCGUUAUUUCUAAGAAUGCGUGCGGAUGAGACUGUGUCAAAUGGACGUAUGGCUCUUACUUUUGUGGGCAGAAAAGCUUUGGAUCCUUUAUCUCAAGAUUGUUUCCAAAAUUGGUCGUCGAUAUCUGAUUCCCUCCUCGACUUGGUUUCUGAGGGUAUUGUGAAGGAAUCAGAUGUAGCUUCUUUUAACUUGCCAUUCUACAAUCCUGACGAAAGUGAGGUGAGGGAAGUUAUCGAAAGCGAGGGCUCUUUCGAAAUCAAUAAUUUCGAGACAAUCUUUGGUCUUCUCUUUUCAUACAAAACUGGUCGUACCGAAGUGAAAGAUGAUGAUAAUAAUUUGGACCAAUCAUGCCAAUUUGAAGUCAUUAGAAAGAGGACAAGCAUCAUAAGAUCCAUUACUGAACCAAUGCUUGCUGCUCAUUUUGGAGACGCCAUUAUGGAUCGUCUGUUUGAGAGGUAUACAUACCAUCUUUCCCAGCGUUACGAUACUUUGCGCAACAAACCAACUGUUCAGUUCUUCGUUUCCUUGACAAGGAAGUAACAAACCUAUAAGGAGAUAGUAAGUGAAGAAACAAAAACCACGAUAUUAAGAAUAAGUCACUUCCUUAAAAUUUCUCUUUUAAGUGCCUUGUUCCUUGUUUAUGGGCAAAGUAGUUCACGUUCUUUUGUUUGUAAGAACAUUUGUUCCUUCCUCUUUGUUUAAGAAAAAAAAAAAGAGAGAAAAAUUCGCCUAAAAAAGUUGGUCAACAAAGCCAAUUUAAAAUGUGAUCUCAUAAGUGUGACUGUGUGGUUUUAAUAUUUCUUUUUAUGGAUAUCAAAACUUUCGUGUAGUUUUGUACUUAA